AUGAUGACUCUUGAUACUUGCAAGGAGCCAGACCUGUGCAUUGUCUAUGGGGAACCCAUCAGGCCAAAGCCCAUCAUCCAUAAGAGAACGGAAGGUCAGAAGAAAGCCCACCCAGUCGAGGAGGAGGAGGAUGUGCCCCUUUUUCGUGGAGGAAGUUUCAGAGCCUCCUGGGAAAUCACAGUACAGACAAUUCCUGGUGCUGCUGAGGAGCAGGAUGUGUGCAUUGUGGGUGAGGAAAACAUCUGGCAGUUCCCCAACACCUGCGAGAGAAAGGCAUGUUUGCAGGAAACCCACUCAGUGGAGGGUCCCGUUCACAGCAAACUAGACUCCAGUGUCCCCAUUGAACCUCCAGCCCAGACCGUUGUUGAUGCCACAGCCAGGAUGAUGAUGUUUGACACUUGCAAGGAGCCAGACCUGGGCAUUGUCUAUGGUGAACCCAUCAGGCCAAAGCCCAUCAUCCAUAAGAGAGCCCGCCCAGUCGAGGAGGAGGAGGAGGAGGAGGAUGUACCCCUUCCUCGUGGAGGAGGUUGCAAAUCUCCCUGGGAAAUCACAGGGCAGACAAUUCCUGGUGCUGCUAAGGAGCAGGGUGUGUGUGCUGUAGGUGAGGAAAACAUCUGGCAGUGCCCCAACACCGGCGAGAGAAAGGCGUGUUUGCAGGAAACCCACUCAGUGGAGGGUCCCGUUCACAGCAAACUAGACUCCAGUGUCCCCAGUGAACCUCCAGCCCAGGCUGUUGUUGAUGCAGCUAAGGGACAAGACAUCUGCAUUGCGUAUGAACAAGGUGUCCUACAAAAGUCCACCGUCCGUAUCAGAACUGGGUAUCCUGAGGAAGACGGCUCAGAGGAGGAUAUAGAUAAGCCUAUUGCUAGCGGGGGAGAUUGGAAAGGCCCCAAUGAAUCCACCUUCCAACCCGCUCUUGUUGCCACCGAGGAACAAGACACCCGCUUUGGGUAUGAGGAAAUGGUCUGUCAGAAGCCCAUUUUUCAAGGAAGAGGCCCCAGUGAACCCACAGCCCAGAGACAUAUGUGUGCAGGUGUUGUGCAGUGGACAGAGAACAGAAGGAAAUCUUUGCGGAAAGCACAGGAUGAGAUGGUGGAGCAGAACUACCUGAGUCAGGAUGGACCAAGGACGGAAAAGAGAAGCCACACAGAACGGAAGACACAUGAAUCCAUCAUUCCUCGAAGUGGCUUCUUCACUGAGCAAGGAGAGCAACCGGAAGACAGAGAUGCUUUGAGAGCGUCCACAGAGCAGAAAAGAAUUCAAAGGGCAGAGUCUGGAGGAGCAAGCAGUGGGAGCAGAAACAAUGGAAACGGCCCCACAUGCCCUACAGGGGUGAAGCGAUUUACUUGUUUGGAGUGUGGAAGGAGCUUCAGGUAUCAGAGUAAGUUUGCUCGACACCAGAUCAUUCACACAGGAGAAAAACCACAUAAAUGUGCAUACUGUGGAAAGAGCUUCCGCACGAAAUCAAACCUUACAGGACAUGAAAGAUUUCACACAGGGGAAAAACCACAUAAAUGUGCAUACUGUGGAAAGAGCUUCUGCAUGAAAUGGGACCUUAAGGUACAUGAAAGAAUUCACACAGGGGGAAAGCCUUUCAAAUGUACAGUGUGCGAGAAAAGCUUUACUUUGAGCUCACACCUUACCAUACAUAUAAGAACUCACACAGGGGAGAAACCUUUCAAAUGUUCAGUGUGUAGUAAGUGUUUUGCUCAGAAGCCAAACCUUACUAGACAUGAAAGAAUUCACACAGGGGAAAAGCCUUUCAAAUGCUCAGUGUGUAAGAAAAGCUUUAUUUGGCAAACAAGCCUUACUGCACAUAAAAGAACUCACACAGGGGAGAAGCCUUUCAAAUGUCCAGUGUGUAGUAAGUGUUUUUCUCAAAGGUCGCACUUUACUAAUCAUCAAAGGAUUCACAAAGGUGAGAGAGCCCAUGAAUGCUCAGUGUGCGGUAAAUGCUUCAGUCAGGAGGCAAACCUUACCAAACAUCUAAAGCUUCAUAGGAGGAAGACACCUUUUAAGUCAUCACUGGGUAGAAAAAGCUUUACUAAGAGCUCAAAUCUUCCUAGUCAACAAAUGAUUCGCAAAAAAAAGUAUACAGGUUCAGCUUGGAGGGAAAGCUAUGCUAAGUGGUCAUACCUUACCAAACAUAAAAGAAUACCACACAAAGCAGAGAAACCCUAUAAAUGCGAAGGGUGUAGAAAAUGUUUCAGUAGCAAGUCAGUCCUUAUUAGACAUAAGAGAAUCAUACACAGAUGGAACAAAGUCUAUGUAUGUUCCAAGUGUAGUCAAUGUUUCCGUUCAAGGAGACUUCUUAUUACACAUCAAGGAACCCACACAGCACAGAAACCUUUUCAAUGCUCAGAGUGUAGAAAGGCCUUCAGUCAGGAGGCAAAUCUCCUUAGACAUCAAAGAACUCACACAGGAGACAAACCCUACGAAUGCCCUGUGUGUAGAAAAAGCUUCAGUGAGAGCACAGGUCUUUCCAGACAUACCGGUACAAGGUCUUGUCAUACAGGGGAGAAACUGCAUAAGUGUGAACAAUGUGGAAAGAGCUUCACUCAUAAAUCAGACCUCAAGAGGCAUCAAAAGCACCACACAAGGGAGACGCCCAACCAGGGUUCAAAUCUCAGUGAGAGUUUAGGUGAUGGAUCGAGACCUCAUGAAGGUGAGAACGCACAGCGGAUGGAAACCAUGUAA